CACACACACACACACACACACACACACACACACACACACACACACACCAAUCCGGAAAUAACAAACCCACAAGUUAAUGAGUCGCAAGUUUAGGCAGCGGCUCAGAGACAGAAAUGUGCGCCUGGAGGCAAAGGCGCGCCUGUGAGCUACUAAAACACCUCAAUGACUGAAGGUCCCUAAAGGACAAGAACCACACAUAUGACUUCUUCUUAAACACUUAUGUUUGCGGACCUAACAGAAGUCUUUUCAUCCUUAUACAAGCAUAGAUCAUGGGGAGAAGAGGAGCAGCCCAGAGAGAUGAAGAGUUCAGUUUUGUCAGUCCGGUCAUCAAAUAUUUACUUUUCUUCUUUAAUACCAUAUUUUGGAUAAUCUCAGUGGUGCUGAUGGCCAUCGGUGUGUACGCCAGGAUCAGUAAACAUGAGGCAGCGAUGGCGUGUUUAACGGUGGACCCUUCUGUAAUUCUGCUGAUCGUUGGGGUUCUCAUGUUUUUCCUCACAUUCUGUGGCUGUAUUGGUUCGCUCCGAGAGAACAUCUGUCUCCUGCAGACGUUCUGCAUCUGCUUGACUAUCAUCUUUGUUCUGCAGUUGGUGGCUGGAAUUUUAGGCUUUAUUUAUUCAGACAAGGUGCGGUAUAAAGUGAGCGAAAUGGUCUACAAAGCAAUCAAGCAUUACAGAGAUGACCUGGACUUGCAGAACCUCAUUGACUUUGGACAAAAAGAGUUUGACUGCUGUGGUGGUAUUUCUUUUAUGGACUGGUCACAGAACAUCUACUUCAACUGCACGGAGGAGAACCCGAGCAGAGAGCGCUGUGCCGUUCCCUUCUCCUGCUGCCUGAUCUCUAAAGACGAGGCUCUAAUAAACACUAUGUGUGGACAUGGCACACAGAAGCUAGAGAUGCUAAAGGCCAGCGCUUUCAUCCACACCAGUGGCUGCAUCGACAAACUCGUCAACUGGAUCCACAGCAACCUGUUUGUGCUGGGAGGCCUAGCGCUGGGCCUCGCCAUCCCUCAGCUGGUGGGAAUCCUGCUCUCUCAGGUCCUGAUAAACCAGAUCCAAGAUCAGAUUAAACUUCAGGACUACAACCUGCAGCACCACUCGGACCCGUGGAGCUGAACGCGCCGUUAGUACAAUCAGGAUGUAAAUAAUACUCCACAUACAGCAGAUAUAUCUGUACAUAAGCCACAUCCAGAGGAUCUAGAGGUGACCGUGUUGUGUUGUGGAACGCUGUGGUUGUUACACCGACGGCUUCUUAUUUCAUCUGUUCCCGUCAAGGUCGACAGACACGGAAGUUAAAAUUCAAAUUUAAAAAAACGUAAAAGAAAACAAAAAGAUUUUUUAUGUAGGUCAUGUGAUAUUUAUUCAUUUGCACAAGGAGAACUUUUUAAUGACAGGCAACACCAGAAAUUUCAGAACAUACCGUGUGUGUUAUACAUUUCAGGGUUGAGACAUUUUUACGUUUAUACACACUUUGCAGAAAACUGUAAUACUUAAAAAUAAAUAAAUAAAUAAAUAAUGAGAGCGGGCAUAAAAAUCUUAUUUAGUUUUGUAUGUAGUUUUUCCGUGUACAAGCGAUUUCACAUAACAUAGACAUUAGGAUUAGGAUAGUCCACAACAUGAUAAUAACAGAAUUGACACAAAUGAACCGGUUGGAACGUUCACACACGCUCGGUCCUUAAUCCCGCAUUUCGUUACCUGGACGAUCAACAACUGUUUUUAUCUUUCGUAAGACUUACUUAUGAGACCCUUGUUUGUUCUGAGCAGUUAAUCCACACUUUUCUCCAUAUAAAAAAAGAAAUCUUCCAGGUUCUGCACGUUCUUCCCUUUUCCAGCAUCUUCUGAAUUUUUGACUCCUUUCCAUUGGAUGUUACGUGAUGCUGAGAUUCGUGUUUUCACGUUAAAGACGUCUGAGGGACUAAAAACUAAAACUAAAUGAUGGAGACGGUUUUGGGAAGUAGGAGGAAACUGAAGGACCCUGAAGGAACCCAAACAGAGACGAUGGGGGGGUCAGUCAUCUUAACUCUUGUUCUAACCCUGGAUCUGACGUCACCUUCUACAUCACGGCAUAAUAGUGAUAAUUUUACGAUAUCAUGAAAACACUGUAAAAGAUUUAAAUACUGUUAAAAAUCUUGCCUUCUGCCUUAAGAGAAAACUCACAUUUUAUUUGUAAACUUGACCGGAUGUGCCAUGACAACUCGGGGGUUUACUGAUUAGUCUCUCUGUUUAACUUCCUAUGUUGUCUAGAUUCUCUUCUAUUCAGUGUUUGUGUCGUUCUGUAUGUUAGUAUUUGGUUACUUUUUUUCAAGAUUUAUUUUUUCCAGCACUGUAAAUAAAAAAAGAAUUCAUUCA